GAGAAGAAAGGCCUCCGUCAUUCGGAUUUGAGUCGCCUUCGCGCCUUGCCAUCGGCGCGCUUUGGUCGCCCAUGAUAUACUGUUGAGCAGAUGUGUUGCACAUCAGAGCGCAUCAUCACCAUUACCUGAGGCCCUGAGCCUUCGAGAACCAUAAUCGUUGUUCAGGAUCAGAAAUGUCCUGCGGCAGGCGCUGACCGGCAGGCUCAACUUGGCGUACCAUAUCAGUAACUUCCAGGCUAGCGCUUAAGCAACUGCUGUCAUGUCCGUCACCGGCCUCACGGAAUUUGAGGACAGUUAUGAGGCGGACCUGGCACAGGCAAUAGCAGCUAGCCUUCAGGACGCGCCAGCGACAGAUGAAUUGUACAACCCGGCGUGGGAUGCCUUGCUUGCGGCGGGCCAGGCCGCGACCGCGGGCGGAGGCGACGCCGCCACAACGGCGACAGCAGGGCGCGCCUCGCCGGUGCUGAUGCUGCCCGCCCCGCCGCCGCAACUUGGCGGCGCGCUGGCGUCACGGCUGGGCGCUGUGGAGGACGACGACGCGGACUUCCAGAGGCAGCUGGCAGCGGCCAUGGCCGCCAGCAUUCAGUCGGCCGAGGAGGACAGCCUCCGGCGCAAGCACUGCCUGCCGACCGCGGCGCCACCUGCAGCGGCGUUGCCCAGCGUUUUCCCGGGCAUGGCCUCAGGCUUGUAUGGGGGCGCGGGCGUGUACGCCACCACGGCGCCUUCGCUGCCUGCCAACGCCUCAGUAUGCAAUGCUUGGGCGGCGACAGGGCCGGCGGCACUUGCAGCGGACACACCGCCCACUGGGCUCGACUCCACAGCAGCUGGGGGCCUUGGCGCAGGCUUGCAGCGCGGCGGCGCAUACAACACUGCCACACGCCAGUCGUCUGCUCCCCUGCCUGAGUUGGCGUUGGUGCCCUCGCUGUUGGCGGGGCCGCCGCCCGGCAGCCCCGUGUCGUCAACUGCGGCCAGUGCAGGCGGCAGCGGUCCCAGCAGCCCCGUCACCUUCCCUGCUGCAGCGCAACACAUCGCUGCACACCAGCCUGCGUGCCACAAAGCAGCGGCUAUCCCGCCGCGCCCUGCGGCCGCCGUCGCAACGGCGGCCGCCGCUUCGCUGCUGCUGUCGGCCUCGCCCGGAAAGCAUGGCCGCACGCCCUCGCACACCAGCCUGCCUGAGGCCAGCCAGCCACACAUGAAGCGCUCACGCCCGGCCAGCGACAGUGGCGCAGGCGCCGGCGUCAGCGCGUUUGGCGUGGGUGCCGGUCUGCAGGCCACGGCUGAGUCUUCGGGCGCGGGUGUGCGCCUGGGUGGCGGCGCCAUGGGUGCGGGGGCGGGCUCUGUGCGCGUCACGAGCUCGGGUCUGUCGGGGCACCUCGCAGCUCGUCGGCUGGGUGAAGGCGAUGCUGCCGACCCUAACAGCGGCGGCGGUGGUGGAGUUCGCGGCACGUGGACCGACCUGCGCGGCCGCUGCGCGAGUGUCGCGGCUGCGGACCUCAUUGCCGGCGCGCAUGGAGAGUCGCCGCCCACCCGACCAGCGUCUGCAGCAUCGGGAUGCAACCCUGCGGCCCUGGCGGAGGCGUCUGCUGCCGUCAGCCUGGCAGCAAUCGCCGCGGCCUCGUCCGGCGAGCGCCAAGGCCUGGUUCCGCUGGACCUCUCGGGUUCAUUCGUCGGCUCUCGCAGCCUCGCGCCCCCUGGUCGCCUGCACCCGCAUCAGCACCAGCUUAGCCAGCAUCAGCACCUCGAGCAGCAGGCGCACGCGGCAUUCUUGCAGCUGCGGGAGCGCAGCGGCAGUGUUGCCGCUGACGGCGGCUCCGGGCUCCGCGGGGCGGUGGCGGCGCUUGACCUAUCGCGGCCGGCGUUGCGCCUGGAGCAGCUGCUGCAGCGGCCGCACCAGGCACACCAGCCCGCGGCAGAGGUUGGGAUCCCGUUGCGCCGCGCAGCCAGCCUCACCACGAUAGGGCUGCAGGCCGUGGCAGAGCCCAUGUCUAUCGACACGGCCGCCCAGCCCCCGCAGCCCCUGCCUUUGCCUGACGCCGCCGAAGGCGCAGCCGACGGCACCGCUGUGGCCGAGGUGCCCGCCUUCGAUGGCGCCGCCGAUCGGCGGCUGCUGCAGCACCAGCGCGUGUGGUGGUGGCUGGGGCCAUCACAGGCGCAGCUGGGACGCGUCAUCUCCAUCGACCGCCGCAGCAAUCCGCUGCUGUACAGCGUGCGCCUGGACGCGCCGGCGGGCAGCGGUGGCGAGGGCGAGGUGGUCAUUGCCACCGCCGACUGCCUGCUGCCGUUUGUCAUGUUCGGUGAGGCAGUGAUGUGCCGCCUGGAGGCAGCGCCGGACCUGGAGUCGGCCAACGAGGCAGAAGGCCAAGCCGACGUGGAGGCGGACGCUGCGCACAUUGCGCCGGCGUCGGCGCGCUCGUGUGCGUGGGCUCGUGGCGUGCUGCAGCACUGCGUGUUUGACGGGCCUGUGCCGGCGGUGCACGUGCUGCUGCAGCAACGGCACGGCGCGGCGCUGUGCACGGUACCGUAUGCAGCGGUGGUGCCGUGCGCGGACGCGGCUGAGGGGAGCGGCAUCAGCCGCGGCUUUGCUGGCGGUGCAGUUGAGAAUAGCAGUGGUGUCGGGGCUUGGGAGCUACAGCGAUACGACAGCACUGCUGCCCCGCAUCCGGCUUUCGGGGCGUCGGAUGCGGCGCUAGGGCCGGUGCCUUGGGUGCAGCAGUGGCCAGUGGCUGGCAGCAACCACAGCAUGUGGGGUGCAGAUGCGGAGGUGACGGCUCGCCCCUCCUUUGCAAGCUGAGGCCGUGUGGCGCGACGAUGAGUACGUGCAAAGCACUUGAAUUUUGUUGCCAAGCACUAGUCAUAAGUUUGGUGUCAGAGCGUCGACCUAUAGUUGUACAUAAGGUUGGCCCCCGUUAGUGGUAGUUCGAUAUGUUGGUUGCUAUCGUGUUUGGUGUCCUCGCAGGCUGGAGUGGUGCGAACAACUGUAUGGUUGUGUGGGUGUUGAGCAGGUUGGCGUUUCGGAUGCUGGCUGGGCGUGCACUGUUGGCUGAGGGCAGGACGGCCGAGAAAGAGCUGCUGCCGCACUGGCCAACGGCGAGUAACUAAAUCAGGCGCAUGCCAGCUAUGGUGGUUGCCUCGUG